CUCUCUUCUAGAAAAGCCCAGCAAGUCAGUACCACGGGAAGCAUUAGCUAAUCCGCUAUAACCCCUACCAAGCAAUCUGCCGACGGGAAAGAUAUAAAAGCCGUCCUAUCUUCAGCAUCUCCUCACGAUCCAUCUCUUUUUCAACCGACUUGAUUCAUCAAGCAACAACGGCUUUACUGUUCAAGAACUAUAUGUUAAGGACCACACUUACACGUUUCAACACUUCAUCAAGUCUAACCACACUCAAAGCAAACAUGUCCACCACUGCUGCUAUCAAUACCGCCACCGGCACUUCUCGAAGUAUUACCAAGACUGUUUACGCUCACGAGGUCUCUGAAGGUGCCGGUGCCACUGUCAGGAGGUCUAUCGGUACUAGGGAGCUUCGGAAUCUUACUCCUUUCUUGAUGCUCGAUCAUUUUAAAGUCCUUCCCGGUGCUGGUUUCCCCGAUCACCCUCACCGCGGUAUGCAAACUGUCACUUACUUGUUCCGAGGUAUCUUCAAGCACGAGGACUUCCUUGGAUACUCUGGAACUUUAACACCCGGAGAUGUUCAGUGGAUGACAGCCGGUAAGGGUAUCGCCCACGCCGAGAUGCCUAUAUUUGACCCGGACCCAACUAAGGCUGAGCCUGUUGAGGGUAUGCAACUUUGGAUUGACCUUCCCCAGAAGGAGAAGUACAUUGAACCAGAAUACCAGGACCGAAAGGCUGAAGAUAUUCCUGUUAUCCACCCUAAAGAUGGAGUAGAAAUCACUGUUCUUUCUGGUGACUCUCACGGUACCAACGGCUCUGUUACUCCGGUCGGCGGUGCUUGGUACUUGGGUUUCAAACUUCAGAAGCCCGGGGCGAGCGUGUAUCAGCCUCUUCCUGAAGGUUACAAUGCCUUCAUCUAUAUCGUGAAGGGAAAGCUGCAAAUCGGCGACGACACCAAGACUCAUGACAAGUUCAACUUGCUUGUUCUUUCUUCCAAGCCUGGAGAGUCUGGCGUGACCCUUACCAGGCCAGAAGACGACACUGAUGCUGAAGAAGCACAUUUUGUUGUCAUUGCCGGAAAGCCUCUCGACCAGCCUAUUGUUCAGUAUGGCCCUUUCGUCACCUGCAGUCAAAGACAGGCUAUGGAAGCAAUUAUGGACUAUCAGACAGGGAAGAAUGGGUUCGAGCGUGCUGUUGGUUGGAAGAGCAAGAUCGCCAAGGAUUUCAGGGGUUAAGCUGUUUUUGGAUAACUGAUAAAUCAGUCUGUAGAUUAGUGAAAUUUGCAUUCUCACAUGUACCUAUAAUACCUGCAUACUUUUGAACCUUGGCAUGAUAGCAGAACGAUUAUUUCCUUGUUAUGCAUCCUCGACUUCAUCUGUAGCGAGUUGUCCGCAUUCCUCCGACGGCCGGCC